CUCGAGAAAAUCACAGAGAAGAGAGAGAGAGAGAUGGACGGAUACGCGAGAGUGGGCAAGCUGGAGAAGGACCUAGAGCUCGGGGGCGGGGAGACGCUGUACCCGGGGCUGAGCUACGGCGAGAACCAGCUCCGGUGGGGCUUCAUCCGCAAGGUGUACGGGAUCCUGGCGGCGCAGAUCGUCCUCACCACCGUCGUCUCCGCCGUCACCGUCCUCUACGCCCCCGUCAACGACCUCCUCCGCGGGAACUCCGGCCUCCUGCUCUUCCUCGUGUUCCUCCCCCUCAUCUUGUUGUGGCCUCUUCAUAUUUAUCAGCAGAAGCACCCAUUGAACUUUGUCUUCCUCGGUCUGUUUACCUUGUCACUGAGCCUCACUGUUGGUGUCAGCUGUGCAAAUACCGAUGGAAGAAUCGUCCUUGAAGCCUUGAUUUUGACCUCAUCUGUGGUUUGUGCCUUAACUGGAUACACAUUCUGGGCUUCUAAGAAGGGCAAGGAUUUCAGCUAUCUUGGUCCAAUCCUCUUUACCGGCCUCAUUGUUCUCCUCAUGACUAGCUUUAUGCAGACGAUGUUCCCGCUUGGCUCUACAUCAGUGGCCAUUUAUGGUGGAAUGGCCGCUGUCAUCUUCUCAGGGUACAUUGUUUAUGACACUGAGAACCUGAUCAAGCGCUUUACCUAUGAUGAGUACAUUUGGGCAUCCAUCACUCUGUAUCUGGACAUCCUGAACCUGUUCCUUACGAUUUUGAGGAUGCUGAGGCAGGGAGACAACUAGAUGUACAUUUGAUUUCUCCUCAGCAAAACUAUCAUGCAUUACAACUCCAUAUGCAUAUGUCCCAUACAAUGCUGAGAACCCGUAAAUUGGGGGUGUGUACUUAUGUUUAUCUGUUCUACUUUAGCUGAGAGUUAUGGGGGUCUCUCACCGGAUUAAAUUGUUGGCUCCCUUUCUUUAUAUCCUUGGUCCCUCUGCAUGACCGGAAUGGAUGUGCGCAUUCAUUGUCAAAA